CUUAUGUAGUAUGCUAGUAUGUACUAUGUAGCCUGUAGGUGGAAUGAUCAAAGGACAAUUUUGGAUCUCUUUUCUCUGGUAAACCUGUUUUUCCCUGAUCGAGUUGUUGGCGAGCUGACAACGCUGUAUGCUGUAUGUAUCGCUUCCUUUGUGUUGAGUUGAGGUUCAGGAAUUUUCCGAGAAUUCUCUUUGUUGAUGGAAACGAAUUUGGUGGUAGAGUUCUCUCGCCCUUCUCCGCUUCUUUGUUUCAAACCCUGUAAUAUCAUCUUACAUACACAGCUAAAUUUCACACUCACACAUAUGUAGUAGUCUGCUGUGCGCACGCUAUAGUGCGCAAUUAUUGUCUUUUUGGGGUCCGGUUCAAAUACAUCGUUUCCAGUUCGUCGUAUCUUUCUACUUUUUCUUUUAUUUUUCUAUUUCUAGUUUCUUUGUCCUUGUCGAUAGUAUAGUCGAGUCGUAUCUUUUGUGAGUCAGCGUAUGCCUCUUGUCUUGUCUCCACUACACUCGCUUAUCGCUUUGGUCGUGAUGGUAUGGUAUUUCCUUUGUGUUCGAACCCGGCCGGUCGGGAUAUUGCGUUUUAGUUUUAGUUUAGUUCAGCUUCGCUUUAUAUGUAGUUGUAGUGUUCCUGUGUUCGCCUGAUCGACGGUUAGUCGUUAGUAAGUCGUUAGUCUUUGUUCUUGAAUUGGUGUGUUUAGUUUUGAGUAGCAUCAAGUCGUCGCGUUUUGCAGUCUCAAGGUUGUAAUUGCAUCACCUUUCGAAAAUCUGCUAUUUCGCGUGUAAUUUAGUCGCAAUUACAUUCGUGUGCCUGUUCUAUCGUAUAUUUUUCGGUUUAAUUUAAAUAAUCAUCCCUUUCGGUAUCUCGCCGCGGAUCGGUAAUCGAAGGAAUAACUAUUCAGAAACACCGUACCUCAAGAUGGCCGCCCGCAUCAUCCGGAUCACAUCAUCAUUUUGGUAUCUUGGGUAACGUGUUUGAAAGGUUGGAUACUUCGAAGUGAUUGACCAAGGUUCAAAUAUGGAAAGAAAUGAUGUCCCGGUGUUUUUCGCAUCGCCUUUGUCGCUGCAAGAACUCGUCUCCAGGAAGGUUGCGUUGUGUUUGUGGUUUGAGAAAUUUCGCAAUACUGCUUCAGAAUGUGCACGCUGGCCGUAUUUCGAUGUCUUUGAUAUGCUGGUCUUCUCUGAAGUUACCAUCGACGUCCCAUUUCCGAUCAAACGAAUGAUCGAAUCAGGUUUCGAUCCGGUCAUCAUAGAAUUGCUUCAUUGGCUGAAAAACUCGAAUAGGGUUUUAUAUCAUAUGGAAAUAAAUGAUAUUUACACUCGUUUAGAUCUAGUCGCUUUUGGAGGCAAUGGAACCAUCCAUUUUAGAGGCACAAUCGCGAACUUCCUCAAUGAUUCUUCUUUGAGCGAUCUAGUCAGAUUCAAAAUAGCUUGCGUCUUCUGCUUUGAAGAGCAAAUUGAUGCUUUGUGGCCAAUUGUUUGCGAUGAACCUGAACUUAACAUUGACGACAUGUACUUCCAUAACGAUUUCAUGUUGUUUUAUUGGAUCGCUCGAAAGAAACAGGAUAAAUUAUCCGAAAUGCUUGUGCCAGAACGUGGAGGCAUCGAUCACAACAAAGAUAUCGUCACAAAAUUCUCCAGUUGUACUGAAUCGCCUGAACGUGGAGUGCCUGAUCAUAAAAGCAUAGAUUAUCUCAAAGAUAUAAUCGGAAGAUGUUACGGGUGUAACUUAUGGUUGGCUAUGGAGUAUUUCAUGAAACUUCUAGAUCCAGUAGUGCAGCUAAAAAUGGUUGACGACAUAUUCUCAUCUUAUAGCGAUCCCGUGUGCACCGUUCAUUUGCUUCCUUCUCUCGAUGCGCAUCUGCAACGACGUAUUCUGAAUAAAUUAUUAUGCAAAGUUGUGAUCGAUAUGGCGCGUACGUUUACACGAGCUGAGUACGCGACUCAAGCCUGGCUUUUCAUUAAAGAUCUUAUCGGUAAAGAUAAAUUUUCUCGAAUGAUCAAUACCAUAAUCGACUUGAACUGUCAAUUGCCAUUUGAAUUCAUCCAGAAAGAUGAAUUGCUCGCAUGUAUUUGGUCUAGUGCAUCAAUUCAUUUGAAAGACGUGAGUGAUACCCUGUUGAAUUCUGUUGUGUCUACACUUGUAAUAGAUUUCAUAGGACGAAUCAGUUUUUUAGCGGCCGUUCUGUCGAGUGCUGAAAUUCCUAUUCGGUUAAACUUUUGGAACCAAAAUUGGCCCAAACUUAUCAGCAGCGUGUCACAGGCCCAAUUCGAAGAAUUAAUGAAGGUGUGCUUGGUAGAGCAGACUUCUAUCGAUGAUUUCGAAAGGCGUUUGAAGAACGAACCCGGUUUUCAAGAAUUUUACUGAACUUUAUUUCCAAGCGAUGUUUCAUAUUAAAAAGUAUUCUACCUGGUUGAUCACUUUUAUUCGGACAAAAAAUAAGUUAUUGAUGCGUAGAUAUUAAAAAAUGAGAUUAUGGAACAUAUGUAUACAUGUUUCAAAAUAUUAAUAAAGGAAAACUAGGGAGCUGCUGCUCCGCAGCCCUAACCCUCGGCUCGCGCCACCCGAAAAAAAUUAAAAAUAUUUCCACUGAAAAUUCAAAAUUGUCAAAAAACGCUCGAUGAUUUCCCCCAGUGAAAAUUCCCUUCAUCCGAGUAGAAAUCCCUGAACCUAAAAACCCUGGGAUCCUUGCGCUCCAGCCAAGCUCACAAUGGAAAAUGUUAUACCUACAGAUGUUCAUGAUGUUUUUAUUUUUCCCUUUUGUUUCAAGUUUUUGUUCAUAGAAUUUUCAUUUUUCAUUUGGGGGUUAUUAGGAUGACAUUUUUUGUGAUUUUCGAUAAUUUUAAGGUCUUUUUUGUUUUCAGUUUUAUUUUUGCAUUUUUCCUUGUUUUCAGUUUUAUUUUUGCAUUUUUCCUUGUUUUCAGUUUUAUUUUUGCAUUUUUCCUUGUUUUCAGUUUCUAAUUCAAUUUUAGAUUUUUUUUUGUUUAGAUGAU